GCCUUGCGACAGCACAAGCGAGCGGUGCAGUCUGGGAUGGUAAUGGAGGGCGCGUGAUUUUGAAGCUUGCAAGAUGCUUUCCCAAGAGUCAGAGAAAGAACAAGAGUCAAGGCCACCUGCUGAGGCUAGCAAGAUGCCAGCAGCUCCAGGGGCUGUUGAUGCUGGCCUUGACAAUGUAUUAGAGGCUGCAGCCAAUCCUGACAUUCCAGCGGUUGAACUUUGUGCAGUAAGCAUUGAUGUGCCCGACAGUGUUGAGACAGUUGUGGUGAACACUUCGAAUGGCACACCUGGAGUAUCUCUCAGUGAUACCGCUCUUCCUGAUGCUGUUGUAAGUGCUGUGCUAGAAAGUGAUUCUGAUGCUGGGACAACGCUUGCCAGUGACAAUGCCUCAGGCCUUCCAGACGCUGACGCUGCCUCAGGCCUUCCAGAUGCUGCCGCUGCAGCUGCACUCUCAUCUGUGGUUGACAGUGAGCCUGCUGCCAUUGAAACUGUGGUCUCUACGGAGGCCUUGCCCGAUGUCACAGUGCCUUCGACAUCUGGUGUGUCAUCUGUGUCAUCGAGCGUGUCUGACCGCUGUGAUGCGCGCAUAGUUCGCUUCAAUAACCGAGAUCUGGAGAGCCUGCGCAAAAUUCAGGAUGAGCUGAACACACGCAAAUCUGGUGGGGUGCCACGCAGUCCUGGCAGUCCCAUUGUGAUCCGAGCAGAGCUGACCAGUCCACAGAAAGGGGUGUCAACACAGGCACCUCAAGUUCUUGUGGUGCAGAAGCCAUCGCCAGGAUGCUCUACCAAAAAGGCUGAUAUCCGGGUCAUCCACCCUCCAGGUGUCACUGUGCGCAGACAGCUGCAGAUGAGCCUGCCAUCAGCCUCAGGUACCAGUACUACUACCACUACGGGCCUGACCAAGGUGAUCCUGCAGCCAGCAGGUCAACUUAUGAGUGGCGCCACCUUCCAGUUUGUGGGUGCUAUGGCUGGUGCUGGUGGUCAGCCAACCCAGCCGACCCUGGUGCUUUCCAGUCCUACUCGUGCAACCCCCGUUCGUGCAGCCGCAGGGCAGCAACUGGUGCGUGUUGCUGCACCAGGCACCACAUCAGCACCUAAGGGCAUGUAUGUGGUAUCCCCAAUGAAGCUUGGAGGGAAAGUUGCCAUGAUUCCCAUAAAUGUUGGAAAGUCCCCUCAGAGGAUUGCUCCUGCCCCCACAACAUCGUCGAUGAUUACCAGCCUGAAUGUGGGGACCAGUCGGGUAGCACUUGCUGCAAGCUCUACGAACACUGCCACCACAUCUACAGCCCGACCGACGGCGCCGACAACUACCAUUGUGCCUGUGCCUGGAAAAGUGAAUGUACUGCUUAAGCCUUCGAUUGGUCAAGCAGUGUCGAGGGCCGGCACAGUGGCUGCCGUUGUUCAGACGUCGAGCUCAAGUGGUACAGUUGCUACAAGCAGCACCAGCAGCCUUGUGACAUCUGUGAGCAGCAGCUCAGCAGCUGUGCAAGUGCCGGGCAGCAAGUUUCACUAUGUGCGCCUGGUCACUGCUCCUGCAGCAACCACACAAGCCAGCACAGUCCUUGGUGCAGCCAAGCCUGCAACCCUUGUGCCUGUAACCACAGCAAGACCUCUUGUGCCAGCAGUGCCUGUGACCGUCGCGUCAAGCACUGCCAGUGGAACUUUGCCUGCUGGCGUACGGUUGACAGUGCCCAUUGCCCCAGCUAUUUCAGCCCAGCAGGGUACGUCGACAGGUGUGACAGUGUCCACCGCUCAGCGAGUACUGAUCCCUGCAUCAGCUACAACAGUGCGCCCAUCACUGCCAGGUGGACAACUGGGUAGCCUGCCCACAGCUGCGCUCAUCUCCGCUGGGGGAUCAUCCAUGCAAAAUGCUUUUGUGGUGGUGCCUGCUCAGUAUGUGGCCCAGUUCCAGCAGGGCACGCAGCCUGCGGCAUCCCCUUCAGCAAGCACAUCACGGGUGGUGUUUCAAACGGGGACUGGCCUCCUGGGCAGCUCUGGAGGAUUUGUGCCUAUUGCAGCCGCCACUGCACCUACCACAGCGAGCGUCUCAGCAGGGCCUGACCACAGAGAACCACCUCCAGCAGCAGUGCCUCCUGCUAAGCCUCAGGUCAACGGGACAACAUGCGAGGAUAAUUCUCGGCCUCGAAAGCCCUGCAACUGUACGAAGUCCCAGUGCCUCAAAUUGUAUUGUGACUGUUUUGCCAAUGGAGAGUUUUGCCACAGCUGCAACUGCAAUAACUGUUUCAAUAACCUGGAGCAUGAAGAGGAACGUCAAAAGGCUAUUGGAGCCUGUUUAGAAAGGAAUCCCAAUGCAUUUCGUCCCAAAAUUGGCAAAGGCAAAGAAGGAGACCAUGAGCGGCGUCAUACCAAAGGCUGUAACUGCAAGCGAUCUGGCUGCCUCAAGAACUACUGUGAAUGCUAUGAGGCCAAGAUCCUCUGCAGCAGUAUGUGUAAAUGUGUUGGCUGCAAGAACUUUGAAGACAGCUCGGAGCGCAAGACAUUGAUGCAGUUGGCAGACGCAGCUGAAGUGCGUGUGCAACAGCAGGCUGCUGCUCGCACCAAGAUGUCGGCCUGUGAUCUGCCCAUGCGACCUGCUCCAGUAUCUGUCACAGGAGAAAGGCUGCCAUUUGCCUUCAUCACCCAGGAAGUGGUGGAGGCCACCUGCCAGUGCCUACUUGCACGUGCUGACGAGGCCGAGCGACUCAAGAGGCCUUUUGCUGAUGUAGAGCGCACGGUGCUGGAGGAGUUCGGCCGCUGCCUGGAGGCCAUCAUUGACAGUGCACACCGGACCAAGGGAAAGCCAACUGGUGACACUGCAGAGAAGAAAAGCAUACCUGCCAGCCUCCCUCCAGAGCGUGCUGCAUCACGCAGAACUAAGACAGCCCGACGCAUGCUCAACCUCUAACCUGCCCCUCUGUCAUCUCUGUGAUGCCAAUGUCAGGGGGAAGUGGACUGGAGGACUCCUUGGGUGUCGUGAAGCUGUGUGGUACAGUCAGUUGAGCAAAGGCAUCUCCUGGAAACCAGCUGUACAAUUGCCCCCACCCCCUUUUCCUUUUUCACCCUUUCCUGUUUUCUGUGAGUGCUACUUGGUGAAUGGAUGUGCAAAGCUAAUGCUAGUUGAUUGGUGGCAUGAAAAUUUUUGUAAUCUGGUGUGUGAAUGAUAACUGUUCAUAACACUUUGACUGCUUGCUGCUUUAACAGUGCACUUGGUUGGAAGACAUUUGGCAUUGUUUAUUUUUCUCCAUCACACAGAGUACCAAAUGAGUGUUCUUGUUGGUUUGCUGUUUAGGGAGGUUGCUUUGUUUCUUUAUCAUUGAAAAGUAGGCAUGGCAGGAGGUGGUAGCACAUUGGUGUGAACAUGCAUUUAUAGGAUACAACAGUGCAUAAAAACACACCAGUAGAAGCAUACAGACGAAGGCAGUACUUUGUCUACUUCUACUGGUCCCCCAUUUUUUUUCACACCAUUGUAUCCUAUAAGGUGUGAACAUAGGUCUUGUCUUUAAAGUGGACAAAAGGGAAGACCCAUUGCCUAGCCUUAGUGUGUGCCUGCGUGUGCCUUUGUGUUUGUUUUAGCUGCUUGUGCAGGUAGCGCGAGAAUGCCUGAAAUUUUUUCAGUUUUCUCAAGCUCCGACAUUAUUGCCGUUUGUAAAUAUAAGCAUUUCAUCAUUUAAGUUAUGCUAUAUACUAGUCAGCAUCUUUAUGCAUAUUCACCGGGGUGCAUGUUUUAUCUUUCUUUUGACUUAUUCUUCACAAAACUUCAUUAAUGUGCUGUGUUGGUCAUGGCACUCUUUACCUUUUCUUCACUUCUGUGUCAUGCUUUUACUGUUAAUCAGCUGUGUUUCUUGAUUAAGAAAGGCAGAAUGUCUAUCUUAAUCUUGUGGCUAUUGUCAUUUUUUUAUUCACCUAAUAUUUCCUUUUUUUCGUGCCGUUUCUUUGCUAACAUUGUGUGUGCUGUGCGUGACGGUGGUGGUUACGGUUAUGUAUGUAAAAGAUGUGAAAACACACCAGUGUUUUCACUGGUGUGUUUACAGAGUGUAAAUAUAGAUAAUUAGCUUCUGUCUGUAUUUGGAAACACACAUGAUGAUGUAGAUAUGCAUUGCAAUUACGUGCUCUCUCUUGGCAGUUCCUGAAAAAAAGAAAUUGCUAGAUUGGAAGAAUCUGUGACGCACAGGGCUUGUUGUAUAUUCAUUAUGUGCUUACUGCUAUUUGUGAACUGCUUUGCUCAAAGCAAUCAUCAGAUUUUGUGCUUGUUGGCAGUUUCUUUAAAAAAACAUUGAGGGCUUCGCUAAAGUAUACAUGAGGCAAAACUGACAAACUGGCAUGCUUUGGCCAUCAUAUUGUCUAUCAUUGGUGAAAUUAAGAUGUUCAUCGAAGGCAUUAAUGCCAGUUGCAAAAUCAAAACAUUGAAGAGGGUCUUUAAGUGUGCAGUUCAAAAGUCUCAUUGUUCACAUACUACUCAUCAUGUAAAUGUGCUGUUAUAUGAUACUUUACUUCUUUAAUGUGUGCAGUUUGAGUGACUGAAAAUGAAUGGAUUCUUCUUGUCAUGACCAAGUGGCUAAAGCACCUAAGGCGCUGUCUGUAAAUGCAUUGUCACCAUUGUGAAUGGUACAUUGAUGUCAUGCUCAUGGAGCUGGAGUAUUUGAUUGAAUUAAAGAGAAUUUAAGUUUACUCUCCUAGAACUUGAUUCUUUUGUCUCAUACAUAUAAGUGCUUGUUUCUCAUGGGUGUAUGUAUUGCGUGGAUGGAAAGAUUUGCUAGUUAUUUUUAUCAAGUGGCCCCGUGAUUUAGGUUUCUCUUAACACGGUUCAGUGUCUCAUGGAAUGUGUUGGGUCUGGGAGGGAGGACGUGCUGAAAUACCAUGUUCAUUAUCAUAGCCAGAUUUUCAGCGCAGGUGUGAAAUAAAAUAUGUGGACUAUGGAAAGAACACUUUGGUUUUGUAUCCAUUUGUGUUUGUCCAUUUGGUAGGCUGUCUCGCUCCAUGCGUAGGGCAGAGACAAAGGAAUCAAGGCCUACAGUGAAAAAUAGAACUUUACAGUUCUGUCUGAAAAAAAAAAGAACUAGUGAAUUUUCAUGUCAUCCAGUGUGAACACCUGCUUUUCCAAACUUUUUUUUUCUUUCCUCAGUUUUGUGUCAGCUGUUUAGAGAAACAGCCUGUCAACAUAAGCUGCUGAAGCUGUUCACUGGUGCUUGUGCGCAUGGUCAACCUCUCAGCUGUGUCACCAUGCAAUGUCUAUUAUCUUCCUAAGAUUUUUGCUUUGGUUGUUGUGCUUUAUGUACAAUAUAUAUGAUGGAGGCAUCUCGCGAUGCAGUGUACAUUCGUGUUUAUAAAGAGACACCCCCUUUUUUUGUAGCAAAUAACGGGCAGUGUUUCUUUUUCUGCAUCACAGGGAUUUCGAGACAGAGUUGUCAUAUUUAUUUCUGUGUACAGCCACUCAGAAUAAAUGUUUU